UCAAUUGUUCAGAUUCACGGUGAUUCGUGUGCCGGCCUGUCCCUGCAGCGGAGCGAGGAAGUGGUGUGGGGCAACACCUCGCUUUGGCUUAUUAACACCUGGACAGAGGCAUCAGGAUGGAGGACUCAGAACGAGCACCUCUACUCGACAGCCACCAUCCCCAUGGGUCUUCGAGCUUCCAUCCAACCAUACCAACAAGCUACCAGAACCCUCCUGUUGCCACUGUUCUGCCUGCUGGUGGUGGUAGUGGUUCCCAGGACGAGACAGAUGGCGUGAUUCUCCCUCAAAGGCAUGGCCACAGGAAGGGCAGUAGGACCAGUGACGGUAGCGAGGUGGUCCUGAAGGUUUACAAAUCGAGGUUCUGGAUCUUGAUAACGUUCUCUAUCUUGGCAUGGUUCCAGUGCGUCCAAUGGAACACUUGGGGUCCCAUUAGUGAGAGUGUUGACGCGGCCUUCACAGGAUGGGGGUCUCAGACAGUAGCCAUGAUGGCCAAUUGGGGUACCAUAACCUUCGUCUUGAGUGUCGUGCCCAUGUGCUGGCUAAUGGAAACCAAAGGACUUCGAGUGGGAGUCCUGACAUGUGUGAUCCUGGUAGCCAUUGGGACAGUGGUUAGGAUAAUUCCCUUUUUAACUCACUCUGACUCCUUCUUCACAGCAAUGUGUCACAUCUGUGCCAUUUUUGUGGGUAUCCCAGGAACUCUCGUAAUGGCAGCCCCUCCCAUGAUAGCUGCUCUCUGGUUCCCCCCGAAGGAACGGACAACUGCCACAGCUUUCUCGCAGGUCAUGAACCAGCUUGGCAACGCAGGCAGUUACUUAGAACCUCUGCUUGUGAGGUCUCCAGUUGACGGUGUUACUCCGGCAGACAUCCAGAGUGACAUUAAGCUCCUGAUGUAUAUAUAUGCUGGAUUUGCCGUCACGUUAAUGUUGGCAAUUCUGGCGUAUUUUCCCUCGAAGCCCCCAACGCCUCCCUCGAUAACCUCGUCUAUCGAGAGACAUGAUUUUGUAACCAGCCUUAAGAAGAUUAUUAGAAAUAGAGAUCUGAUGUUAGUCACCAUAUCGUACGGUGUGUCUGUGGGCGUUCCUGCUGCCUGGUUAAGUGUCCUGAAUUACUCCCUGAAAGAACUAGGAAUCCACCAGGAUGAUGCAAUGUGGAUUGGAAUUCUGGGUGUCAUCAUGUCAGGCAUAUGUGGCUUGCUGGCAGGUCGCAUGACUGAUAUAGUUUACGGACAUGUGCGGAUAUCGCUCAUUUUCUUGAUGAUAUCGACCGUUGCCUGCUUCUACUGGUUCUUCCUCCUUACUUGGGGCUCCAUCCCAGUCACCAUUUGGCAAGUCUACUUCACUGUUGUCGGAGGAUUAUCCUUUAACUUCGCGACGGCUCCCCUUUUCUUCGAGUUAGCUGUGGAAACGGCAUACCCUUGUCCAGAGGUGGUUGUUGGGGGCCUGGUUACGGCGACCAAUAAUUUACUUGGUCUCUUCUUCCUUCUUCUGUUCUUCAUUCCAGAUAUAGGGUACCAGUGGGUGACAUACUUGCUACUUGCCUCUUCUUCGACGGCAAUCCUACCCUUGCUGUUUGUACGAGAGGAUUACGCCAGGUCCAACAUCGACCGAGGAGAGCCAGUUGAGUCAGCCUACCAGCCCAUAUGACAGAAGGCCAAUAAUGAUCAUAAGAGAAGGUUCCCCGAAUCGAUCAAGAUAGAAUGAGUGAUUACGACCGGUGACCUUGGAGUUGUGGAUUUGGUUGUUAGAUUUCGGGUGUUGGUGAUUUGUACUUCGUAAUUUGGUUUCAGAUUUUAGAGUUGUGAAGGAUUUGGGAACAGUGACUCUAUUGUUUUGAAUGUUUAUUUUUAAAAAUAAGGUCUACCAGAUAUUUAUGCUAUUUUUAAAAAAAGAAAGUAAUUGUUAUUAUAUGUAAGUUAUUUUAAUUAUAUAUCUUAUUUUACCUCUGAUAAAUUUGUGAUAGAACAUACCUCAUUGUGAUAUUUGUUAAUACUGACUCGUAAGAGAUUAUUUUCCAUACACUUUUUUAUGUUUAGUUUGACCAACUUUUACUGUUUGUAGAAGGUACUUGAUAAAAAAGUAUGAAAGAAACAAAUGCAUAGAGUAUUUGAAUAUCUGUAAAGAGGUGUUUUGUAACUGUUUUUUAUCGUUAAAUGACGGAUGUAUCACUAGUCUUUUGAGUUCGGGUACAAUUUCAUGGAGGAGAAGUGAGUACGGCCAGAAACUAUAAAAAAAAAUAAUCAUAAGACUUAUUUCAAAUGGGUCUGAUGCAAAAUUGAAGAAUAAAAGAGAUUUGCUUAGUAAUCAUUUUACACAGAGAUUCGAGAUUUGAUUUACUGAACUGUUUAGUUUAGCAUAACUCAGCACACCAAAUGUGGAGGGAAAAGUAGGCUUCAAGUACAUUUGUAUAGUGAACACUUGUGUGCUUUGCUAGUCUGUAAGUCUGACCACCAAACCUGUUCAGAAGUUUAGAAACAGACAUAUAUAUCCAUUAUCAUAUGAUAUAUAUUGUCUGUUAGGGCAUUAGAACUAUACUAUUUAUAAAGCAAACAAAGUAUUUUUCAUUUUGUUGGUCAGUUUUAGUCAGGGUUGUGUAAUUAAGCUUAUGCUUUAUUUUGAACUGUGGUUAGUGCGGCCAGUGGUAAAGUAUAUCACAAACACUUUAAGCAUUCUUGUAUUCUGAUCAGUGUCAAGCAGAAGUCAAAGUUGGUUUAGUGGCAUGUCUUGAGAAAAGCAUGUACACUAGACCACUGAAUAAAAGUGGGGGCUUAGCAUGACAGGAAACCAGGGCCUACCAUUCACAAAGCUAACUUUCUACCUUCAGACUAUACCACGGCCCUUGGUAAUGUAACUCAUAUAUUUAGAUAGGGGGAUGGUAUUCUUAGUUAGAAUGACUUAUAAGACGUAGGUUUCUGCCAGUAGUUUUGUUACCAGUAUUUCAAGAGGGAAUGUUAUAUAUAAAAUGACUAUCCCAAAGAUUCUAUUUUGUAAGGAAUAAAGAUAAUGUUAUGUAGAAUGAGUACUGCACUUUUUAUACAGUUAAUAUUUGGAUUCUCAUAUACAAGAAUGUGAAUGACUGUGAUAAUGCAGUGAAGAAUUCUCAAGGCAAAACGUUUUACUGAUAGGAUUUGCUUGUAAUUUAAUUAAACUGUAAUUGCAUUAUAAA